CCGCGGUGCUUGUUCACCAUCAAUAUCAAAUCUGUAGCAGUACAAAUACAUGAAGGACGAAUUUGUCCAGUACGUAGUCAGUUUGUGCACGAAGGAGCCAGUUCUUCCCGCGUGCGCCACGCCCAAAGGCUCUUGAUAUGAUUUGAUUUGAACCAAGGCGCGGGCUUUGCACAAAUAAGUUGAAGAUGACGAUGUCUAGGUUUCGAAUCGGUGGCAGGAUGCCAACAGAGUCCCUUGCGGAAGUUCAGCAGAAAGCCAGAACACUACUACCAAGCCCAAGCUUUUUGCACAAGGGAAAAGAAGGACUAGAAGACGAGCAAAUAUCCACCUUGUUACGCUUCGGUGAGGUCGUGGGGUUUUGGGGUCCUGCACGUUGUGGGAAGAGCAAUGUACUUAGGCAUCGCAAAACGACCUAGCGCUAUCUAGAAGCAUAUCUUUGACUUUUUGGUGGAGGAAAGUAAGUCAUAGAUAUGUGAGAGAGAUACUGUCCGAAUGGUCAUCUGGAAACUCCUAAUGCAUUACGCAAAUGGUUAGCCGACGUGAUAUUGCAGCGACUGAGGAAUGAAAGCGUGCAUGCUGGCUUUGCGAAUUCAAAAUCGACAAGGUCUUUGCCGGAAAUUCAUGUGCUGGAUACAGAUUUGAAGUUUGAUCUAGAUGAUGCGCUUGAUGACGACCUCGAUAAAGUCUUGGCUUCGCCUGCGUCGUCAUGUGAUAGAAGCUUUCUUUGGGACGAGGAUGCAGAUGUGAAUAGGUCUUGCGAGCAACAGUUAGAGAAUUGUUUUGUACACCGCAUACGUACGCUCGACGACUUCGAGAGGUCAACGAUGUGGUUGGAGGACGAUUCAUCCUCUAGGUCUAGUCGUAAACGUCGAAUGCUAGAACAAGUACUAAACGAACAUUCGAAGCAUAAAAAGGAGCACGCCUGCGCAUAUUGCGCUCGCGGAGGACGCAUUUUAGUCAUCGACUCUCUAGACGCAUUGAUCCAGCUGUGUCCCGAUUUCUCUGCGGUCGACCGGGUCGUAGCUUUGCUCAGAAAACAUUGGAUGUUGGGAUCUCGGUGGAUUGGGUCGACAGCUGUACUGUAUACCUGCAAAACAGGUGGGGUGGUCCAUAGAUUGUGGAACACUUCUAAACUUGCUGCUGCAGGAAAAGGACCCGGCCCCCAACCUGCAACUAGUAGAGCCUUCAAGAAAAGACAUGCAGCAACUAAGGAUGAAAGUGAAAGUGACAUAAAGGGGACAACUGGAUUGACAUAUCACGGUGACAAUGUAUCCAUAAGGAUGAACAGCGGCAACAUAUCAACAUCUCAAUUAAGUCUGAUUGAUCGUCUCUUUGGCGAUGCAGAAAGCCAUCACGAAAUAUGGUUCGCGAAUUCGGAUUUAGAUUUAAAUUUUUCCUGAUAAUGUAAAGACUCACGACUGGUGCCCGCCGCGCGGGAAAAUAUGGAUACUACAAAGCGGCACACUUUUUCUAUUGUUCUUGUAGUUCUCAGUAAUGAUAUUCUCCAC